UGACACUUUAUUUGUAUUUUUUAUUUUUUGUUUGAAGAUUUGCUAUCAAAACGGCAGAAGAGCUCAGAGGGCCAGCGACUACCAGUACCAUAUGCUUGUUUCGCCUGUAUUGGCUUAUUUAGGGUUUACGAACCGAUGUAGACAUGAAUGAAGAAGGAUAGGCUCCGGAAACCCUAAUCCUAAUUCCUCUCGGAGCAAUUGUCCUCCCUCUCGAUCAGUCCUCCUUUCCUCUCAGCAUAGUCUGCGUUAACGCUCCAGUAGAAUUCUCUUCCCUCCUACCUCAUUCUGUUAUUCUCCUCGAACUGUGAGCUUGGACUGAGCUCCCCUCGUGCAGAUUUUCUGACAGGAUCGUUGUCUCGCGCUUGGGUUUGCGUUCUAGAUCGCUCCUGCUUGAUCACUUGUGCCCCGGAGUUGGAUUUAGUGAUGGUGGGUUGUUCCGUAUUGAGCCGGAGCCAUUGCAUCCUAGGAUUCGUCGAAUUCGAAAAAUCGUUGCUGCAUGAGAGAAGGUUACACUGAGAUGCGACGAGCUUCCAAAUUCUUCAGUGGAGCAGUAACGGUGUUCUGGUCAGAUGUUCAACAGCGCUUAAUUGAAAAAGAAAAACAUUUUGAGCUGGGAAGGACGUGAAAUUUUGUGAGGAUGUUUGGCGUCUUGUUUCCUAAUCGAAGCUUUCCGUUGGGGAUCAGUACUUUCAACCAAGUUGAUGAACACCGGUGGCUACUGGAUAUGAAUUAUUUCGUUGGGGAAGCUUACGAUCAAGUAAAAGAGAUGUGUGUCUUCUUGCUCAAUGAAAUGGUAUUACCAGCUGGCAAAUCCUUAGCCGUGUAUGUGCAAGCCCCAGGUUCACAAUUUGAAUAUCGUGGUGCUGUGCAUAGUGCAUGUCCUUCAGCUGUCUUCCCUCUUCUUUGGCCCGGGGCAACCUCCGGCCCAAUGCUACUGACGGGGCCUGGUGCACCUGGUGCCUCUGCACAAAUUGGUAUCUCAGUUGAAGAUCUCGCCACUCUUCCUUCCCUCAACGUGGGCCAUCAGAAGCGGGUGGAGGAGAUUGCAUUGAAAGUCGGCGAAAAUUUAUUCAACUUCAUGCAAUCUUUUGGUACCACUCAAGGUGGCAAACUAAUCGUUCCCAUGGAUAUCUUGAACCAAUGGUUUAAGAAGUUUCAGGAGAAAGCUAGAAGAGAUCCUGAUUAUCUUAAUCGCUUCACCAUGUAGUGUAGUUCAAAGCCUCAAAGAUCAAAGCUGUCUCUUGAUUCCCUCUGUGGUUGAACUUCUUUGUUCAGUUCCCAAGUUUUUGUACGUUAUGUGGAUAGUACAUAAAAAGUAAAAAAUAAAAAGCGAUUUGCGUAGAAGCCCACAAACAUGUUCACAAUGAUCAUGUAAUACUCCGUGAACCUUUGGAAAUCCAUCACUGACCCAUCUCGGGACUUCAUAAAAACCCUUCACCUGUAAAGUUCUCUAUGCACCAUCUUUAUUCCUCGUGCAUCGAGUCUCAUUCUGCUAUUUCACAGUA